CUUGUUGCAGGGAGAGUCAGGAUUCUCAUCCUUCAGAGCCAAGCGGUGCGAUGGAUGCGCUCCUCGUGGCACCCGCCACUUGGAGGCGCCCGCCACUUGGAGGCGCCCGCGCCGGAGGGACGAGCGGCGCCCAGGGCCCGCCGCCGGUGCGUCGCUCCAAGAAAUCAACAGGACCACGACUGCUUCUGCUCCCCUUCAUCACUGGUCUUAGCGCCGCUUUCUGCGUGAACACGCACCGCGUCAGCCGGGCACCGCACACCACGCCCACACGGGCAGUGGCCGAGCCGGUGCUGGUUUGCCUGGGUGGCGGCCUGGGGGCAGUCUGCAGGUUUGCUGCCUCGAAGUUCGGAGCCUUGAGGGGAUGGUCCGUGCCAUGGCCGGUCAGCAUAGAGACGCCCAGUGAAUCCCAGUGUGUGGAGUACGUUACUGGUGAAUUGGAUGGGCUGCGGCCUUCUGGGCCUCAUCACUCUGUGCAUCAAAGCCAACCCAGCGCUAAAGCUGUUGCUGGGCACUGGCUUCUGUGGAGGCUUCACCACUUUCUCCACCUUCGCGGUAGAGGCUGUGCAGCUCCUGCGGCAAGGGAUGUAUCGCACUGCUGUGCUCUACGUCUUGCUGAGCAACCUCGGCGGGCUGGCUGCGGCAGCAGCCGUCCUGCACUGGCUUUAAGUGCUGGCAGAUGUGGCGCGGCGGUCGCACCGCCGACGGCACCGUCGCCACACAACCGAGCCCAAAGAGGUCGCUUCCCGGGCGCCGGAGCGGCGCGCGGGGCACGCUUCCGCGCGCUUCCUCCGGCCGCGUCCGCACGGCCGCGCCGGCCCUUCCGCACGCUGGGGUAUGGCAAUGGCAAGACGGAGUCAACGACCUUUAAAGGAUGGUCCAAUUGCUACCUAGGCUCGAACGAUCCCUAUGGGGAAACGCUGCACAGCAUGCUGAGCCUGGUACGAGCAAAGUACCUCUCAGUGGACCGUUUCGUCAGCGUGGUCGGCUCUUUCGUGGCUCUGCAGUUCCUGCUGGUCCUGAAGCCCAAAAGUGUGCACUUCUUCGACAUGAACCCACAACAGGUCAUGUGGGCACAGAUGCUUUGUGAGCUGAUCCUCAUGUCCGAUACACCGGAGGAAUAUAUCUCCCGGGUCUUUGCACGUCCGGUGAGGACCUUCGAACGUCGCCUGGGUGGGGGCCGCGGCCGUGGUCGUCUGACGCACCUCAACCAGCAUCGUUUUCUGCAAAGGCCUGUGGCACUUCAUUGGCGGCACCAGACCUUGUCGCAGCUUUCAGCGGCCGCGCAGGAGACGUACCGGAAAGUGCUCGUACCUCUUCAGGAAGGCGACCAACCGGGAUGGUUCACACCUGAGCUGCUGCCCUGUGAAGAUCGACGACGGCUCCGAACUCUGACACGCACAGGUUUGGGCCCUCAAGGUCGCCUACCGGGCGACCGCUGUGCUUCCUUUCUCUACGGGGAAGGCUGGCUGACGAACCAUGAGACCUUCCAAGUGGUGAAGCAUCGCUUGGCCAGUACACCCAUCACUUGGACGACGGACAUCGACUUCACAGCCAUUGAGCCGCAGGAGCUCAUCGAGGACUAUGGGAAGCAAGUUCUCAGUGACACUGCGGAGCGAACCGUGGGGCGCAACGUCCUCUUUGCGAUGGACAUGUGGUCCUCCCACUUUGCAGUGCCUCUGAGCCAGCAGCUGCUGGAGCGCUGGCGCGGCCCCGAUCGCUUGGUUGUGGUGCAAUCCAUUACUGCGGAAAAGCACGAGCUGGUGCAGGAGCUGGUGGGUGAUGGUGAACUAUGCUGGCAAAGCUUCUCUGAUUGGCCACUGGACGUGGGAGUUCAGACUCUGACAUUGGGGGGCUCGAAAAGCUGGGAAGCUUAG